AAAAUUUGGCGUCGUCGGGAGGCUGGUCAGGCAGAAAGGGUCUUCGACUUCCUCCGGCGAGGUCUCUUGAAGAGUCAUCCACAGAGAUAUUGAGAGAGAGAGAGAGAGGCAGAGGGCGCGCGACGCCACAAGAGCACGACAAGCGCCCGUGGUGAAGGGAAUUAUCGUGUCUCCUGAUCCGUGGGCGCCGCGGUCGCUGUCCGCGAGGACCGCAGCGCAAAUCGGAAGAGGACAAGAGAGAGAGGGAGAUCGACAACCCUGCCUUUUCUGACGUUGGGAAAAACAACACCAGAAGGGCGAGAGGCGGUUGGACGAGAAAGCCAGCAGCAGCAGCAGCAGCAGCAGCAGCAGGAGGAGGAGGAGAAGCAGCAGAAUACCGAGUGUUUGGGGCGUGGAACGCGCGCAGCAGUAGGCACAGGAGGAGAAGAAAGCGCCACGAUAGCGCAAGCAGGCGAGAGACAGCACCUCGAAACCAACCGUGCGUCCGUCGGUGCUAUGGUCCCGAAAACGGAAUUGGAUGCGGGUCACGACGACACGGCAUCGACCGGUAGCUCUGCGUACGACCAGGGGCAACAGCACCUUCGUGCCAGCGAGGGGCGCAGAAUCCAGCGUGCAGCCGCCGCGAAGGCUGUCGACCGCAGCAAGCGCGUCGCGGAGAUGAUUCUGGAGUGCAACGAGGGCGGGGAAAUCGGGAACGACGAGGAGGGAGGGAAGGGCGGCGGGGGCGACGCUGCUGCUGGCGCUUCAGCAGAUGCUGCUGCUGUUGUUGAGGAGUUUGCGGAAGAGGACUUCGAUGGCGGCGGCGGCGGCGGGGGCAGCAACUUGCUUUACCGCAGGAAGCCCAUCAAGACCAGGUGGUCGGCGGCAGAGGACGCGCAGCUCAAGAAGCUCGUGGAUUCAAAUGGCUCGGGGAACUGGAGAGUGGUGGCCGAUAGUAUCCCCGGAAAGACGGACAUGCAGUGCUUCCACCGCUGGACCAAGGUCUUCAACGGCGGCACGAAGGGGCCCUGGUCCCCCGAAGACGAUGCGCGCGUGGCGGAGCUCGUGGGUCAGAUCGGCGCAAAGAAGUGGAGCUGCAUCGCCGCUCAGCUCCCCGGCCGCACCGGCAAGCAGUGCCGCGAGCGCUGGCACAACCACCUGAAUCCGCACAUCAGUAAAGUUCCCUGGAGCGAGCACGAGGACCACACAAUCCUGAUCCAGCACCAGAAGCUCGGCAACAAGUGGGCGGAGAUCGCGAAGGUGAUGCCCGGGCGAACAGACAACGCUAUCAAGAACCACUGGAACUCCUCCAUGAAGCGGAAGGCGGAGAUCGUGUUCGCCCGCACCGAUCUCACCCCGAGCAGCCCAGAGUUUGAGGGCCACGGGUUCAAAAACGUGAUCGAUAUCGCCUUGGCCGCUGUGAGGGGCAGGAUUACCGUGAGCAACCCGAACGAGCCUGCAACACGCCGAGGACGCCCUCCGCGCAAGCGCAUCGAAGUCGACGGGGUGGCACAGCCUGCCACCUCCAAAUCCCGGCAGCCGGCCAACGCUUCCAAACCGCAAGCGACGGCCACCGCGACCGCCACCGUUAGUGCGUCGCCUUCCUCGUCUGCCGCAGCGAGCUUUGCCCGAGCACAGGCUGCUGCCGCCGCCACCGCCGCCGCCGCGGUGGCGCCAGCAGCGAGCGCUGCCGCACCUCCGCCGGCAAGCCGCGCCAGCGGUGCAGGCCGCGGGCGCCCUGCUGUCGGCACCAUUGGCGAACCCGGCUCUGCGAGUCGGAGCCGCCGUCGGGGACAGCAGCCGAGGCAGGCCGACAGCAGCGAGGACGAAAUGGGCGACAACGCGCAGGCGUCAGCGGGGAAGGGGCGCGGGAAGGGGGUACGAGGCCCCAGGAAGCAGCCCAAGCGAGGCCGCCGGCGUGCUGGUGCGGGCGGCGACGGGGCCAAGCAUCCCAGUCGAAGCAGUUCGAGCGCUGAGUCGGAGGAGUCGUUUGCUGAUGGGCAGGCGCGGGCGGGUUGGGAGCCGCUGACGCCGGACAAGAGAUUGCGCGCCGCUGGAUCUUCUCCGAUGGGGGUCAUGACUGGCUUGAGCAAGCGUAUCCACGACGUGAGCUUCAAAGACCGAGGGAGUGCCUCGCCCAGCCUCCACAGCUUCUUCCCCAACACUCCUGGAGGCACGGGCAUGUCUCAGUACUCCUCGUUGAACGAUACGCACUCUCCUGCGGCGUUGAUCACCGCCGCCGCGGCAACAGACGUGACGUUGCCCGCAUGGGACACUCCGAAGAACAUUCGUUGGCAGCCCGGCGGCAUUCGCGGGUUCCACGGGGGCCCGGCUAGCGGCGGCGGCGGCAUCGGCAGCGGCGGGGGCCCUGCGGCCGACACACCCGACGUGUCCCCCCUCUGGGACGGGCGGCACAACGGGGCGUCCCCCGCUCUGUCGGCCAUCACCGCGGCCGACAUCUCGCCGUACCAUGUCGAAGACGCGACGUUGCGUACGCCCGGCGGAGGGAGAAGAGGGGGCAAUGACGGGGGUAACGAUGCGGACGACACUCGAGACGAGUUCAUGGACAUCAGCUCCGCCGCGCGCGACCUGAGGGAGUUCAAGGCCAGCGCAGGUGGCAACCGUGCGCCUUUGUCGGCGGAGGCCGGUCGCGGGCGGUCAGGAGGCGUUCAGACCGGCAGGGGUAAGGGUUCGCCCCGGAGCCGCUCGAGCCAAUCAACCACGAACCGCAUGUUCGGACCGGGUGGGUCUAACAUCGGCGGCAGCCCCGCGGAGGAUUCACCGUCGUACCACAUGAUGGCUGGCUGCGAGAGCGACGGUUGUAUGAGCGACAACGACCAAUCCUUCCUGCCGAAGCGCAAGCUGGACCAGCUGGCCGCCACCCCCAACUCCCGCAGCAGCGGCGGCGGCGACGUCGACGGCUUCUUCGCCUCCGGCUCAAGCCCGGAAGACGGCUCCGGCGGUGUCAGCGGUGGCUACCAAGUGCGAGACGCUCGGGCGGGCGGCGGAGCGGCUGUGACCCCGGUCGUCAAGCGCCGCGCCAUCCUAUACGACAGGAGCCCCGCCGAGAACAACAACGGCGGCAAGUCUAGUGGCGGAACCAACGCCGCGGCGACCGGCGCUUCUGGCGCGGGCGCUGACGCCGGCGCGGCUGCCGCUACAGCCGCCACCGCGGCUACUAACGAUUCGGAGGCUGCGGCCGCGGCGGCCUCAGCGCUGCUCGCGGUGCGAUCUUCCGAUGGCCCGAAGAGGACCGGGGGUAUCGGACGCGACGCUGGCUCGCCCCCGGCGCCGGCGACGCUGUCACUUAUGGACUUCUGCCGGUCCAGCCCCGCAACGACUCUCAUGUCGUAAGCGCCCGUUACGCCAACAAAAUGCAUCUCUCAAUUUUACGGAUGGUGGUGUGCGUUACAUACAUAGACGCAUUUGGCAAGCUCGUGGCGGGUAGGUGGGUACCGAGAGGCGAGAUAUGGAGCGUCGUUUAGGGGGGCAUAGAGCGUGUUUUAUGGUAAUCUUAAAGGAAAAAAUGAUGCGGGUCAGGAUGGAGCCAACCUAAGGCUGCCUGGUGUAGGCCUUUGAGGUAUCCCGUGGUCGUGCGCUGAGUUUGUGCAGGGCAGGUCCCGCGUAAAGCAAGAAGUAAUGUAGCAACCCCCACCCCUUGUCUAUUCUCCGGGCUGCACGUGUGUGAAGCCUGUGGUUUUUCGCCAUGUUUGAGUUUUGUCGCUCGGUCCACGGGCCGUGGCGCGAAUCACGCAACAGGUGUGUACAGUUCACGUAUCUAGACAGCAAAAUCACCGACCACAGAUGCACCAGGCGAAUGAAGGUGGUGGCUGCGUACUUUUCGGCCGGCCCGAAGGGUGCCGUAGUAUCUAUCACGUGACAUUCGGAUUGUUGUCGGUCUUUGGAUGUUUCUCGUCAGUGUUUUUUUCUGUCGUGUGUUCUUGUGAGCCGUCUCGUGUUGAUACCUACGUUUCGUUCAUUUUCUUGUCUUGUGGCCGAUGCGCUCAUGUCUCUGGGAUCCUCGGCUUGUCAAAUUAUCUGUUCGUUCGAGCGUCGAGUUAUGUAUCGAUCUGGCAAUCCUUCGGGGAGGCCGAACCGCUCAACAGCAGGCGUUGGACGGCUUAGGAAGGGUAAUCAGGGUGUAGAAGGUUUGUGUUUACUUUUUUCGGGGGUUGUGCGGCCAAAUUCUUACAACUUUGUGUGUGAACAUUGCGGGAUUCGGCAGCUCACUUAAGGCUGUGCGACGUCCGUAUGUGGUUGAUGCGAGUGCUGUCUUUCAUGGCGUGUCCCAGGGUUGAACGAUUGUCAUUGACGUCUUUUGCGAUAUUUUGCCCUACUAUCUGAUGAUGUAUUUGAUGAUGGCGGCGACAAAACAAAAAAAGAGGUGUAAUUGAGUUGGAAGUUCACGUGGUAUGACGGACGAGCAACGACGGGGUGCAUAUUUGGUCCUCUGUGGCUGUGUAGACAAGAAACUCAUUUUUAUGCGUUAGAUGCUUCCCAUGCCGCGUCCUUGGUUGGUUGGUAUGUAUUGAUGAAGCUCCGAUCGCAUCUGGCGGGGAGGGAGUUGGUGGCCUGAGCGGAGUGCUACAAAAGCCGAGUUUUCCGUUGUGGCAGUCGGUCAUUAUCUAGUGAUAUUCUUGGUUUGUUUAGCCGGUCAAGGCUUCGGUUUUUGUGACUUUUUGCGUGGGGAAGAAUACUUUCGAGUUAUGGUUUACAGUCCUCUCUCUUUGGCUGACUUGCUUUUUCGGCGUUGCAUGUCGAUGUGUGUUUUCGUGUUUUCCUUGUGUUUGAGGUGUGCGCAGCCUCAGAAAACGGCUCUUGCGCUCUUGCCAUAGUCUUUGAAGGUGAGGUUAGGGGUGUACGGAAGCCCAACAAGAUUGUAUCGUGCUCUUCUUGGAAGUUAGUUCAUUCGUCGUCAAAACCCCCCAAGAUGGGGUAUCAAUAAACAACACAGGAGAACAGCAGCGUUUUCAAGCGCAUAUGACCACUUAGGACUCGAAGGCUUUUUCUUUUCAUGCUGAGACACCUGAUCAGACGGGCAUCACCCUGAAUUUCCCGCAGGUGCUGGGAAAAUUAGCAACGACACUGAUGCUUUCUGAUCAAACAUGCUCUUCUUUGCCUGCCGCGUUUGGCGCGUAAACCCUGCCCCUUGCACUCGGAACCAUCAUGUUCGUCAGCUCAACCAACAACAACGCCGCUACGAACGCCGAUACCGAAAUUGAUACAUGCCCAGAGGCUCGACUUCAUCGUCUUGGCUAGUCGUCGUCGAAGCGGAUCUUCUUGUUUGGACGAGCAGCGCCGCCGUCACCGCCUACUGCCCCUCUCCCUCGGACUCCGCGGCUAGCGGCGGUCCCUCCUGUCCCUGCAAACCCUCCUCGCCUUCCCCCGCCGCCACGCCCGUGCGGUAUCCAUGCCCGCCCGGUGCCUGUUACGUUCGCUUCACCCUUAGAUCUAUUGUUCCCCGCUGUGAAUCCUCGUCCCGUGCCCCGGCCACCAAAAGAAGACCGCCCUCGCCC